AUGCCGCGGUGGUCGUCCCCGAAGGACCCCGCCCUGGAGGCGGCGCUCCGGCGUAACCGCCGCUGGGUCGUCAACAACCAAAUCAAGCGCCUCCUCCUCCGUUUCCCGUCGCGCACGGCCCCCGUGCGCUUCCUCCAGUCCCGCUUCAAGACGCUCGAUCUCAUGGGCCGCGCCGCCAAUUGGCUCGGCAAAUACCCUUCCUGCUUCGAGGUCUUCUCCGCCGACGCCGGUGGCGGUGAGCAGGAGCCCCACUUCGGCUUCACAAAGCGGAUGGCGGCGCUCGUCCACGCGGAGGAAGCUGCCGUCGCGGCCUCCGAGCCGGCCAUGGCGGACCGCCUCGCGCGCGUGCUCAUGCUCGCCCGCGGCCGCCGCCUACAGGUUUCCAAACUCGCCGCGCUGCGGGGCCCUCUCGGCCUCCCUGACGACUACCUCCUCCGCCUCCUCCCCGCCAGCACCGAUCUCUUCCGCCUCACCAACCCCUACCCGCACCGCCGCAACGCCGCUGAGCUAGAGCUCCUCAGAUGGGCGCCCUCGCUCGCCGUCUCCGCCGUCGAGGCCGCCGCGGUCGCGAGUUACUCGACCCCACGGUUCACCUGCUCGCUACCGGCCUCAUGGGUCAAGUCGCACGCCAAGAUGGAGGAUUUCAACGCCUCCACGCCUUACAUCUCGCCCUACUCGGAGGAGUGGGCUUUGCCGGGCACGGACGCCGAAGCCGAGAAGCGAUCGGUGGCCGUGGUGCACGAGCUCCUCUCUCUCACCCUGUGGAGAAAGAUGUCAAUUUUGAAGCUGGAGCAUUUUAGGAGGGAGUUUGGGCUGCCGGAGGACACAGUGAGGAUGCUGCUCCGGCACCCCUGCCUCUUCUAUGUGUCGAAUCGGUACAAGAUACAUACAGUGGUGCUCCGUGAGGGCUACGAGGGAUCAGAGCUGAGGGAGAAGGAUCCGGUGGUGCUGGCCAAGGAUCGGCUCGGGGAGCUCAUGCAGGAGGGGCUGCAUGAGUAUAACCAACGGCGGCAAGCGAUGAAUUUUGAGAAGAAGAGGAGGAGAGGGGAGGUUGAGGUAAAGAAAGAGAAAGAGGUGGAGGAUGAGGAAGCGGCGCGCUUGGAUAGUGCAGAGAAAAGGGAGGAGAGGAGGCGGUUUUAUAAGGUGUUGUUCGGUGAUGUCAAUCGGUAA